GGCAUCUUGAGUACCUGAAUAGAGGUUGAAAUAGAUUGUAUUGUCAAGAUAACGAUAAGGAAAGAAAAAAAAUUGAAAUAUUAAAAGUUUUAGAGGAUUUUCAAAUAGACCAAUAAAAGUUAAACAUGUCCAUUGAUCCAGAUACUAGAAGAAAAUUACUUGUUUUACAAAAAAACGGAGCCAAUAAGAAAUGCUUUGAUUGUGAUGCUCCAAACCCGCAAUGGGCUUCGCCCAAGUUUGGGAUAUUCAUUUGUCUUGAAUGUGCUGGUAUCCAUAGAGGAUUAGGAGUACAUAUUUCAUUUGUUAGAUCAAUUACAAUGGAUCAAUUCAAACCAGAAGAAACUCUUCGUAUGGAAAUUGGUGGUAAUGAAAACUGUAAAAAAUACUUCAGUGAAAACGGAGUUGAUUUAACUUUACCAACCAAAUUAAAAUUUGAUAAUUAUGUUGCAGAAGAUUAUAAAGAAAAAUUACUGGCUGAAGCUGAAGGUAGGGAAUUCACUCCGAAAGAUCAUACUGGGGAAACAUUACCAUCGGCUUCAAGUGCUGCUUCAAAAACCAAUUCUAAUGAAGCAAGUCUAUCUUCUAAUCAAGAGCCGAUUCAAUCCCGUCGUGGGGUUGGUUUAACUGGUGAACAAAAAUCUCAAAAUGAAGCAUAUUUUGCUAAAUUGGGAUCUCAAAAUGAAUCAAGACCGGAUGAUUUACCACCAUCCCAAGGUGGUAAAUAUGCUGGGUUUGGUAAUACUCCUGCUCCUUCUAAUAAUCAAUCUGGUAAUGGGGGUACAUUUGCUAAUUUUACUCUUGAUAAAUUUCAAAAUGAUCCAAUGGGUACUUUUACUAAAGGUUGGGGGUUGUUUUCAAGCACUGUUGCUAAAUCAGUGAAUGAAGUUCAUGAAUCAGUUAUUAAACCAGGCUUUAAUCAUUUACAAGAAAGUGAAUUAAGUGGUGAGGCUAAAAGAGCAAUGGCUCAAUUUGGUCAAAGAAUGCAAGAAACUGGUAAAUACGGUCAUGAAACUUUCCAAUCUUUUACUAAAGAUGUCAAUGAAAAUGGUUUCAAUAAAACUUUUGAUUCAAAAUUUAGUAGUUUUUUCAAUAGUUUAAGUUUACAAGAACAAAAAGAAAUUGCUCCUGCCUUUGGUUUAGCUAAACCUGAAGAGAAAACUAAGUUACAAGGUUUACAAGGUGGAGCCUCUCAGAAUAACAAAAGCAAAAAGGAUGAUGAUUGGAAGAAUGAUGAUGAUAAAUGGGACGAUUUUUAACCACUUUUGCCUUUACCUUUGCUUGUUCUUCUGAUUCUUCUUCUGAUUCUUCCCCUGUUUGCUUCUAGUUAUUGUUUUAUAGAUUAAC